GCGACGGCGGCGGCGGCCGCUCCCGGAAUUGGGUUGGAGCCGGAGCCUCGCGGCUGCUCCUCUGCGCUCACUGCGCUCAGUGCCUAGCAGCAGCAGGAGCCUGGAGCCAGGUUCCGCCGGCGGGCUUGAGGCGCCGAAGGCUGGGCCCCAAGGAGCGUUCCGGAUCCCCCUGCGCAUGUAACCCGGAGUCUGCGCCCAGAGAGUCCCGGGAGCGCCGCCGGCCGGUGCCCGGCGUGCCGGGCCAUGCAGCCUCUGCGUCGGAGGUGCUCCGAGCGGCGGUAGCGCCCCCUGCGAAGCGGCCCGUGAUGCCCUGGCCCCUGUAAACCUCUCCACCCGCUGGAAUACGCUCGUUCCCGGACACACUCAGCUUUGGACACGCACCACUUCGCGCGCCUGUGACAAGCAGCGAGGAGCGACGAGGGCAGAGAGCGCAGGGAAGGCCUGCCCGCACGGGCGGGGGAAGCCGGCGGCUGCAGCGCGGGAACACGCACUCCGGCUGGCACUGGCGGCUAGGGAUGUCGUCCUGCAUGAGGUGGCAUGCACCCGCCAUGGCGAGGCUCUGGGGCUUCUGCUGGCUGCUUGUGGGCUUCUGGAGGGCCGCGCUCGCUUGCCCAGUGUCUUGUAAAUGCAGUGUUUCUCGGAUUUGGUGCAACGACCCUUCUCCUGGCAUCGUGGCUUUCCCGAGAUUGGAGAUGAGCAGUGCAGACCCUGAGAACAUCACCGAAAUUUUCAUUGCCAAUCAGAAAAGGUUAGAAAUUAUCAAUGAAGAUGAUGUUGAAGCUUAUGUGGGACUGAAAAACCUGACAAUUGUGGACUCUGGAUUAAAAUUUGUGGCUUCUAAAGCAUUUCUGAAAAACAGCAACCUGCAGCACAUCAAUCUCACCCGAAAUAAACUGACGAGUUUGUCUAGAAAACACUUCCGUCACCUUGACUUGGCUGAACUGAUCCUGGUGGGCAAUCCAUUCACAUGCUCCUGUGAAAUUAUGUGGAUCAAGACUCUCCAAGAGAUUAAAUCCAGUCCAGAAACUCAGGAUUUGUACUGCCUAAAUGAAAGCAGCAAAAAUAUUCCCCUGGCAAACCUGCAGAUACCCAAUUGUGGUUUGCCAUCUGCGAAUCUGGCUGCACCUAACCUGACUGUGGAGGAAGGAACGUCUAUCACAUUGUCUUGUAGUGUGGCAGGCGAUCCAUUUCCCAAUCUGUACUGGGAUGUUGGAAAUUUGAUUUCCAAACAUAUGAAUGAAACAAGCCACUCCCAGGGUUCCUUAAGGAUAACUAACAUUUCGUCAGAUGAUAGCGGAAAGCAAAUCUCUUGUGUGGCAGAAAAUCUUGUAGGAGAAGAUCAAGAUUCUGUGAACCUCACUGUGCACUUUGCACCAACUAUUACAUUUCUCGAAUCUCCAACCUCAGACCACCACUGGUGCAUUCCAUUCACUGUGAAAGGCAACCCCAAACCAGCGCUUCAGUGGUUCUAUAACGGGGCAAUAUUGAAUGAGUCCAAAUACAUCUGUACUAAAAUUCAUGUGACCAAUCAUACGGAGUACCACGGCUGCCUCCAGCUGGACAAUCCCACCCACAUGAACAAUGGAGACUACACACUCAUAGCCAAGAAUGAGUAUGGCAAGGAUGAGAGACAGAUUUCUGCUCACUUCAUGGGAUGGCCUGGAAUUGAGGAUGGUGCAAACCCGAAUUAUAUUGAUCUCAUUUAUGAUGACUCAACCGCCAUGAUUGACAUAGAGGACACCACCAGCAGAAGUAAUGAUACCCCUUCCACGGAUGUUGCUGACAAAACUGGUCGGGAACAUCUUUCGGUCUAUGCUGUGGUGGUAAUUGCUUCGGUGGUGGGAUUUUGUCUGCUGGUGAUGCUGUUUUUGCUUAAGUUGGCAAGACAUUCCAAGUUUGGCAUGAAAGGUUUUGUUUUGUUUCAUAAGAUCCCACUGGAUGGGUAGCUGGAAUAAAGGAAUGGCAGAGGAAGGGGCUGUGGUGCUUGGUGGUUGCUGCUGCCCUGUAAGCUGAACUCUUGGGUCUGCUGUUGGCUUAUCCCGGGAAGUACUGCUUACUUGGGAUGUUCUGGUAGAAACGGGAGGUACUUGGCGGAUGUACUGUCUGGAGCCUGCUUUAUUGUGAGCUGUGACUGGGGAACACCAAGGCAGAGGCAGCGUUCAGGCAACUAAAGAGCAACUCAAGAAAAACAAAAACAAACAAACAAAAAAAACAAAAAAGAUGCCUUAGAUGAAUCCCUCUUGUCUGUUCUUACACCUAGUUUGAAUCCAAAGUUGAAAUAAGGUUCCAUUGGAUUAUACUACUCUUCUGAAAGGUGUGAAUGUCUCCAUGUCAAUUGCUUGCUUAUUAAAAGUGAACUGGAAAAAUAUACAUAUAAAGUUAGGGAAAAGUAUAAAUGCACACUAAAAGGUCCAGUAGAUAUUUAACCUAUUUCAGCAUCAUUUUCUGAUGUUCCCUAACCAGCUCUGACUUCAAGGAGUUUUGCCUUUUCCACUUACUGUAAUACAGAGACUUAAAGAGUUGAGGUGAACACACCAUUGUUUCAAGGACUUUUUGGUAUUAUUGAAAGAUGCUUUUUUUUUUUUUUGUUAGCAGAAAAGAUCCAAAUGUGGGGGGGGGGAAGCUUAGGUCUCAGCAUCACACAACAUUAGUGAAUAUUUUAAAGUUCAUCCACGGGCUUAAAAAAACAAAAAGAAAUGGCAGCAGCAAAAUCAAAGCAGCUGCUACUCCAUCAGGGCUUUAGAUUCAGGUUAAGCAUAAUCAGUUUCAGAAUAACAAAGAGUAGACUAUAUGCAUAUGGUGAAAUUAUAACCUUGUCCCUCUUCAUUUGCCCUCUGUGAACCACCUGCUUUUUAGAAGUCCUCCUAGGGAAAGGCCACAGCCUCUCAUGCUGUUUGCAUUACAGAGCUGCAGCUUUUCUACUCAGAAAAGGCCUGGGAACAGAAUGGCAAACCUGCUGUGAGCUGGGAAGAAUAUUCUAAGAAGGCCAGUGCCCCUGUAGCAUUCUGCCCUACUGCUGGGUUUUCAUGGGCAGAAGAGCUUGUCCUGACCCCAGCAGCACAGAGGUGACAGGCUGCUAAUGAAUGUGUGCUUUCUUAUGGCCUUUCUCAUUGCUGAGAGGGCAGCCUCAGAGCUCCAGCUUGCUGUGUCUCUACUAUGUUCUGUCUCGGGAACACCUGUUUCAUUCAUCUGGACUUCAUAGUGACCUUUACAGACUCUGUUUGGUCUGGGCCAGGCUGUGUCCCCAUCUUGAGUCCUGAAGAGAGGCAUGGCUUCUAGGCUGUUUCCACCUGGCCCCUCCUCACUCAUUUCUUGUGAGAAACACUUCAGAUCCCAGCUUGGAACAUUUCAUUUGAGAAAAACACAAUAAGCACUAUUAGACAUUCCCAUCCACACUAUGGUUGAAGUGGAAACUGAUUAGCUUGUUAAAAUCAAUGUUUGAAAUCGUUGAUCCAGUUCUGCUAUUAAUCUGUAAGGAUUUAUAGAUUGAAAAAAAUAUUCCAACAUGUUUGGAACUUUCUUUUGAAUCUUGCGUAACCAAAGCAUUCAUCUCAAUAAGCCAGAACCCAUUUAGGCAUCACUUGACAUAAAAAGAAUGUCCAUGAUGAAUAUUUUAUACUGUAUCUUUUACAUUAGCCACUAAAUAUGUUAUUGCUGGGUCCCAGGGAUUAAAGCAUUUACCCUGACUAUUUCAAAUUCUCAUCUGAGAGAGGAACAGUUUUUUUCCAAGGCAAAUUCAUACAUUCCAGUUCCAUUAGAAUGCCAAGGCACUGUGCCCUUGCUGUGGGGAGGUCUGAAUAUUCUCUAAAUUCUCACUUGCUCACUAAAUUCCCAUUUGCUCACUGCUAAAUGACAGUUUCUGUCAUUACUGAAAUUUUCAUCUUUCUCAAAGGUGUUGACUUACAAAGAGGCCAGCUAAUAGCAGAAAUCCUGACCCUUGAGGAGAAAAUGAAAUUCAAACUGUGAGCCAGGCAGAGGCUCAGUAGGACAAAAGUUCUUAAAUAUCAGCCAUUGGUACAAAAAAAAAUUAAGCUUUCAUGUUAUUUCAUUGCACCAUUAAAAGCUGAUGGAUUGUUUAAGGACUAUUUUAUAAGUUUCCCAGAAGUGAGAGGGUGGGAGAAAAGGACUGUCUUUAGUCAACAACUAGAAGGAUUGGAAGGCAUAUUUAAAAACAAAUGAAAAUAAAUAGGUUAAGGCAAUUUAGUAUAUCAAAAUCGCUCGACAUUUCCCAGGGAGCGUUGAAAACAGCAGGCUAUGAGAAAAUAGUCUUAGAUGCCUCUUACAUUCUUUGCUUUUUUCCUUUUAAUUCCUACAGACUACAAUCAGUAACCUGGCUUGCUUUUUCUAUACUAUAGGCUUCCUUCUUUCAUCCUUUGCUUUCUUAGGUUCCCCUAAGAAAUUUUCACCUUAAACACUUCCUAAUGGCAUGUAUUAUAUUUUUGCAGCAUUUGACAAGGAGAGGCAACAUCUUUUGCUGAAAUCAAAUCUGUUUCUCUCCAACAAAGAUCUGGCAUUUCAAGGCCAGGCAUGUCUCCUUGCACACACAAACUGGUCUGGCUGAGCCAACACACAGUCAAGGGGCAGAUGUCACCCAGCUUUAGCCAACUCUGUCCCCAGGAACGAAGGCACAGGUUUCCAAACUGUGUGAAUCUUUAAAAGAGAUGUGGAACCUGGAUUUUUUAAAGUGUGAAAUAUCCCUAUUU